UACUUUUAGUGACCACACGCGCGUAGGAAUGCCAAUUAAAUUGUUAUCGGAAUGUAUAAACAUUUACUAAUUCUGAAAAGUAACGUUAACAUUUAUUUGUUAACUGGAAGAAAGCUAUUACAUAGCUUGAAAAAAGCUGACUUCAUAAUUUGACAACUAAUAGGACGGAAGUCUAUGUAAACAAAUAGCUAGUGAACGCUAAUGUUAGGCUAGCUCUGUCAUUAGAGACUUGCUCGCUCCGUCUUCCUAGCUAGUGCUAGCCAAAUAAGCUAUCACAUCGGACAAGUAUCCACUCCACCUCUGCCUGUCAGUCUCCGCAACUUAAACUCCAAGACACAGUGGAUAAAGAGGCAAUUGCAAAACAACACUUCGAUCUCAUCUCUCAAGUGUUAAGACAAUCGGUUACCAAACAGAAGUGCCUCCAACGCCACUGGUCUCCUUUUCUAGCGCGUGACUCGUCUCCACGACGUCACCAAUGCGACCAUGGGAAAUAGCAGUGAAUAGGCGGCCACCCACAGCCCCUUUAAACCAGAGGCGGUUCCUUGGAGACCCCUGCAACACCCCCGUGCAUCUCAGGAGAAGCCCGCCAGUGAGACAACAGUGGGGUAGACGAGACAGACCUGUACUUCACAGUUCCUUGCUCCAGGAUGAGAACUUCCACCACUCACUCUUCUCCCAGCAGCAGCAGCAACAUCAGCAGGUUCCUAUAGAUGACUCCAGUCAGUACAGCCACACCAGCGCACCACCACGCAUGCUUCACCCUGCCGCACCCCCCCCUCAGCAGAACCCCAUCAUGGUGGAUCUACACGAGCAGAUGCACCAAGGAUCUGUCCCGAUAUCUUACACAGUUACCACGGUGACAACCCACGGUUUCCCCAUCCACACCGGGCAGCCAAUCCCAGGGUGCAACGCUCAGCAGCUCCCAGCAUGCUCGGUAAUGUUCAGCGGACAGCUCUCUCUGCUCUGCUGCCUUCCUCCUCCACUCAUCCAAGCAUGCACAAUGCAGCAUUUGCCAGUGUCUUACCAAGCCUUCCCACCCCUGAUCUCCAGUGAGCAUUUUAUACUGCACCCUAGCCCCCCCGUACCCCCCCACCAGCCACCACACCUUACUCCUCUGAGCCAGUUUCUCCCUUUACAACCUCAGCACCCACGCAUGCCUCUCCAGAGGGGAGAGAAUGACGUGGAGCUCCGAGGGGACCAGCACCCGAUAGGGACCUUCUCUUACCCUCCCUCCCAUCACCCACCAGCAAUGCCUCCCUCCUUGCCUCUCCAGUAUCUCCCCCAAGAACCACUGCACCAGGAGCUGCCCUUCGGAGUGCCAUAUCCUCACAUGCUGCCCCGACGAGUGAGUGGCCAGAGAUAUCGGUUACAGCAACCUCUGCCCCCUCCCCCGCCCCCUCCGCCCUACUACCCCGGCUUUCUGCCCUACUUCCUGUCGAUGCUUCCUGUGCCUCCUACAGCUGUGGGUCCAGCCAUCAGCCUGGACCUGGACGUGGACGAUGUGGAGAUGGAGAACUAUGAGGCACUACUGAACCUGGCCGAGCGGCUCGGGGAAGCCAAGCCUCGCGGACUCACCAAGGCCGACAUCGAGCAGCUUCCGUCCUACAGGCUUAAUUUGGAGAACCAUCAGUCUGAACAAACGCUGUGUGUUGUGUGCUUUAGCGACUUUGAGUGUAGGCAGCUACUCCGGGUGUUACCGUGCAACCACGAGUUCCACGCCAAGUGUGUCGACAAAUGGUUAAAGACCAACCGCACCUGUCCAAUCUGCCGAGCGGACGCGUCCGAGGUGCACCGCGAGGCCGAGUGAGUCCGGGCUCCGAGCGCUUGAUGAACAAGCCACACCCAACCAGAGAGUUGUCACAAGCCCGGUGCGCGCCUGCCCACCUCACCCGUGGUCCUCCGGCGAAAAACAAACAAACAAAAUAAACACAACGAGAAAAAGAGAAGCCACCCGAUCCCACCACUCUUGCCCCACCUCAACUAUAAGCAAUCUAGGAUUGUGCUUGGAGCUUGUUGUACUGUACCUCUGCUGUGCUUCAUUGUCUCCUGAGAGCUCCUGUCUGCUGAAGCUGCACAGCUCCAGUCCUGGGGUGGCCAUCCUCCUCCUAUUCUGCCCCCCGCGUUGCAGAUUCCAAAGAUUUUACCUAUGAUGUGUUUUUAUUUCCGUUUACAUUUUUUGGGGGUGGGGUGGGGGGGGUUAUAAGGUUUCUUUUUUUAUGUGGUGGUUUUGAUUGCUCUUCAUGAUUGAUGGGAGUUGUAAUGAUGGUGGUGUGAGGUUUGGGCCUGACGUGGGCUGGACACAUUGUGCAAUUAGCAGACAAAUAAUAGGAAUACUUCACCAUGGCUGUAGGAAACUGGGCCAUUCCACUGGCUGGAGGAGAAUCCAGACCUUCAUGGAUGCAUGUUUGCGUAGGAGACAGGCCAAGUGACUUGUUAAUAAUGUAUGUUUUGCAAUAAUGUAUUGAUGAUUUCAAUAGUUCUAUCCUUUUUUUUUUUUUUUUUUUUUUUUUAAUCUGCGAAUGCUUUUGUGAAGGUAUGACUUGCUCUGGUUCGUAGUACUGCUUCUCUUAAGCCUGAGGUUAUGGACUGCACAGGAUGGACAUGCAUCUGUGGUUUCAGUUUUCUCCCCUCCCUCUCUACACGUUCCCAAACGAAACCUUGGAUGGAGGGAUGGGAAGGGUGGAGAUGUUGAUGGGAGUCCUCCCUCAGUUUGGCCCUGAAGAGGAGGGGACAGCACCCCUCUUUCUGGGGUCAUCAAACCUCACUACAAGUGCCACAUCCACCUCCUCAUUGUCCCCCUGCCGUGUGUGUGUGUGUGUGUGUGUGUGUGCGUGCGUGCGUGUGUUUUCCUGUCCAUAGAGACAAUGCAUUGUAUGACCACUGGAUUCAGGGCAGCACAGUAGGAUUUGCAUGGACUGUUGAUUCAGACUAGCAAUAUUUUAACCAAGCAUUGCCACCAUAUUUAUCAGAUUAUGGAGAAAAAACAACUAGCAAACAAAAAAAUGACUGCUAGCUUAGCCAGAGGGAUCCAGGACUCAAGGUGAGCAUGUGUUUUCACCUUUGUAUUGGUGAGGAGAAGAAGUUACCCUGCAGAUCGCUGUUGGAAGACUUGGGGGUGGAGGGUGGUUGGUAUGUGCAGAAGCAAUAUGUGCAAUGAGUGACUAGUUUUAAAGUAAACAUUUGCUUCCUGUUUUUGGAAGACCAGGCUUUUUUCUUUGUUUGUGAGCCAAAUAUUCAAUAUAUAUAUACAUAUAUAUAUACUCUUCGAUAUUUCAGACCUGCCUUGAAGACCUUGACAAGCACAAACCUAUUACUAAUUUUAAAGAAAAAAACAAAGAAAAAAAAACACUUUCCACGUGUUCUGAGUCUGGUUUUAAAUGGUGUUAUUUAUUGAUUAUCUUUUAGCGAGAACAGAGUGAAGGAUAUUAGAGCACUAACAUUGUGUAUGGUAUGUGUUUUAUUCUGGCAAAUUGGUCAGGUCUUAGGCUAUGGUAAAGGUGUUUUAAAAGAUAAGCUUCUGCAUAGCUUCAGUGUGAAUGGUUUUUAGAUAAUCGUCUUGUUUUGAAGACAUAAGAAUGUUGAAACUCCUUUUAAAAGUCCCGGGGCGGCACUCCUGCUCAUGCCAGCUGACUGUAACUAUGGUGAUCAGGAAGGGAUUCAAGUGACAAAGUGGGAGCUUGAGUGUUUUGUAGUGUAAUACACUGUUGUACAUCCAGCUCAUGGCUUAUCUUGGUCAGGCUUCCAAAACUGAAUCUAGUUCAGGGGGGGGGGGGGGGGGGGGGUCGCCAUGUUAAUCUGGGGUGUUUUCCUAUGUGUUGUAUAAGUAGGAGACUCCUUUCAAUUCCUGCCCCAAUAAGCACUGAUGAGGCAACCCUUGGGUCAGAGACUUGCUUUCUUGUGUAAAGGGACCUUGCCAUGUUUUAUAGCGAAUGUGAGUCUCUUUGUGACGUUUGUGCCACCUUAAGAAAAAAAAGCAAUUUUAAAAUUAGUUAAACCCACAGCUUUGAGAAAUAAUCUAUGUGUACAUAUCUGUUCACUGGCAUAUAUUGUGAGUUUGAAAAAAAUAUAUAAAAGCACUCAGGGCCUCUCAGUAUAUAUGAAAAAAGGAAAACAGUCAAUUUACAGUGGAAAGGAUGCCAUGAAAGGGGUGUAUUUACAUCUGGCUGUUUUCCUCAGGCCAUAGAUAUUUUAAUGUAAUCAAUUUAACUAAUACCAAUUUUGCCAGAUGUGGUGGAUAUUACAUCAUUUAAAGACAGGCAUGCUAGAAGAAGAAAAAGAGUUGAAAAUAGAGAAGUUAUGACUAUUGGCAGAAAAGAGGCAAUGUGUACACUGCAAACCAUUACAAGUGUAUUAUUCAAACCUGUUAAACAUUUUGUUUGUGUUCUUGUACUUGAACCACAUGUUCUGACAUAGCGGUUGUGAUCCCGUUUUAAAUGUUCCAUGGCGCACACUAUCCUACCUAAACCUCUUCCAAACUACUCAAGGUGUUUGCAUGAAAAAGAAAAAAAAAGUCAAAUAAAAGUGUGUAUUUUCAGUGAAAGAUAUCUAGAAAUGGGUUCGGACCUAUUUAUUGGUGCACAAUAUUCUUGCAUGUCUGACCAGCUCCCAGCUGGUGUUUAGCUCUAGUUGGCUUUGGGUUCGGGGGUUUGGAUCUUACUGCUCAGCUGAUUACUGCCACGCAUUGUACUGCACACAUUUGUAAUCGAACUGAAUGACUACAAGAUUUUAUUACGCUAAGUUAAUUUUAUAAGGAAAAAACAAGAAUAAUGCCUGAACUUGUAAACUAGGAAGAAACUGGGAUUUAAGAGUAUAUUUGUGUUACUGUUAUUGCCACAGAGACUGAAAAUUAGCCUUCACGCUUUGAAACAACUGUAGUUAAUUAAAAGCCAUAUAGUGAAAUGGUGCUAGAUGUUCCGUUUAGGUAUUAUACUGUCACUUGCAGGAAUGCAAUAGUUUGCAAUGGGUCUUAUGUAUUCUUGAAGCAUGUUGUACUUAUACCCCUGAACAUGGUCGGUUACAAUCAUAUUUUAAGGGAAUAAUAAAAAAAAAUCUCUAAAAAAAAAGGUUGUCAUACAUAUUUCAGUAUUGCUAAUCUACACCUGCCUAGUAACCUCUUGUUCUAACUGUUAAUAUU